CGCCUCCGCCGCCGCUGAGCCUGGCCCGCCGCCGCGGCCUCCCCCGGCGGCGCCGCCCGCCCCGGGCUGCCGCAGCGCCGCGAUGGAGACGGCGGAGAAGGAGUGCGGAGCCCUCGGCGGCCUCUUCCAAGCCAUCAUCAACGACAUGAAGAGCUCCUACCCCAUCUGGGAGGAUUUCAACUCGAAGGCCACCAAGCUGCACUCCCAGCUCAGGACCACGGUGCUGGCUGCAGUUGCCUUCCUGGAUGCCUUCCAGAAAGUGGCUGACAUGGCCACCAACACCCGAGGUGCCACGAGGGACAUCGGCUCUGCGCUGACCCGCAUGUGCAUGAGGCACCGCAGCAUCGAGGCCAAGCUCCGGCAGUUCACCAACGCCCUCAUGGAGAGCCUGAUAAACCCACUGCAGGACAGGAUCGAGGACUGGAAGAAAACUGCCAACCAGCUGGACAAGGACCACGCAAAAGAGUACAAGCGAGCGCGCCACGAGAUCAAGAAAAAGUCCUCUGACACCCUCAAGCUGCAGAAAAAGGCUCGCAAAGAGCUACUUGGGAAAGGGGAUCUGCAGCCCCAGCUGGACAACGCCCUGCAGGACGUCAAUGACAUGUACCUGCUGCUGGAGGAGACGGAGAAGCAGGCGGUCCGCAAAGCCCUCAUUGAAGAGCGGGGUCGCUUCUGCACCUUCAUCACCUUCCUGCAGCCCGUGGUGAACGGGGAGCUCACCAUGCUGGGAGAGAUCACCCACCUGCAGGGCAUCAUCGAGGACCUGGUGGUGCUCACGGCUGAGCCCCACAAGCUGCCCCCCGCCAGUGAGCAGGUGAUCAAGGAUCUGAAGGGCUCUGACUACAGCUGGUCCUACCAGACCCCUCCGUCCUCGCCCAGCAGCUCCAGCUCCCGCAAGUCCAGCAUGUGCAGCAGCGUUAGCAGUGCCAAGGGUGGCGUGGCGUGGCCCGGCGGGGCUCAGACCUGCUCACCCAGUUCCACCUAUCGCUACCGCAGCCUGGCGCAGCCCCCCGCCGCCGCCACCCGCCUCUCCAGCGUCUCCUCCCACGACUCCGGCUUCAUCUCCCAGGACGCCGCUUACUCCAAGCCGCCCUCCCCCAUGCCCUCGGACAUCACCAGCCAGCAGAAGUCCUCCAGCUCGGCGUCCUCAGAGGCCUCCGAAACCUGCCAGUCAGUUAGCGAGUGCAGCUCCCCCACCUCGGACUGGUCCAAGGCCAGCCCCUAUGACCAGCCGGUGGUCCCCACCCUGCAGCGGCGCAAGGACCGCGUGGAGCACCUCCGGGAGGCCGAGAUGGGCUCUCCUGCCGGCGGGUACCCGGGCAUGGGCGGCGAGGAUGCUCCCAGGCCCCGCAUGUCACCGGCGACGAUCGCCGCCAAGCAUGGGGAGGAGGUGUCCCCUGCCGCCAGCGACCUGGCCAUGGUCUUGACCCGAGGGCUGAGCUUGGAGCACCAGAAGAGCAGCCGGGACUCGCUGCAAUACUCCAGCGGCUACAGCACACAGACCACCACCCCCUCCUGCUCCGAGGACACCAUCCCUUCCCAAGGCUCCGACUACGACUGCUACUCGGUGAACGGCGACGUGGAGUGCGACCCCCAGAGCGACUUCGACAAGUCCUCCACCAUCCCACGCAACAGCAACAUCGCCCAGAACUACCGGCGGAUGAUCCAGACCAAGCGUCCUGCCUCCACCGCCGGGCUGCCCACCGGCACCAACCUCCCGGCCGGCACCACCCCGGGGGUGGCCACCAUCCGCCGCACGCCCUCCACCAAGCCCUCGGUCCGCCGUACCCUCUCCAACGCCGGCCCCAUCCCCAUCCGACCCCCCAUCGUCCCCGUGAAGACCCCCACGGUGCCCGACUCCCCUGGCUACGCCGGCCCCACGCGGGUGGGCAGCGAGGAGUGCGUCUUCUACGCCGACGACGCCUCUCCGAACCCCCUGGAUUUUGCCAAAGCUUCGCCCAAGCGGCUGAGCCUUCCCAACACCGCCUGGGGUGGCGGUGCCAUGGAGAUCUCCAUGUACCCCGGGGCCGGCCAGCACCUCUCCGCUGAGGAAGAGGAGGACCAACAGCUGGCCGCCAACAGGCACAGUUUGGUGGAGAAGAUCGGCGAGCUGGUGGCCGGCGCCCACGCCCUGGGGGAAGGCCAGUUCCCCUUCCCCACCACCCUCGUGGGGUCCGGCCCCAGCGAGGAGACCCCCGCGCCCCCCCCGGCGGCCUCCAUGGACCCCCCUGCCGAAGACAUGCUGGUGGCCAUCCGGCGCGGGGUGCGGCUGCGCAGGACCGUCACCAACGACAGGUCGGCCCCGCGGAUAUCGUGAUGACGCCGCGGCCAGCGGGACGUGCCCGCCGCGGCCGAUGGACCUCCCCAGGAACCCCCACCCGCCGGCACCCGCUGCCCUGUCCCUGUUCCUGCCCCUGUCUGCUCCUGCCCUGCCCUCCUCCCUGUAUCCUUCCUUCACUUGCUCUUUCUUUUCUUUUCUCCUCUUUUUCCCAUUUUCUCCUUUUCUUUUUCCUGCACUUACUUCUUUUUCUUGUUUUUUUUUUUAUUAUUCUUCUUUAUCCCUUUAUCUCUUUUUCUUCUCUUUUCUUAUUUUCCUUUCUUAUUUUCUUUCUUUUCCUCUUUUCCUUUCUUUUUUAACUCUUGUUCUCCUCCUGUCUUUUUUCCUCUUUUUCCCCUUUCCGUUUUUGCCCUCCUCCCCUUGUUUCUUUUCCUCUCUCGCUGCCUCCCCUCUGUUUUCCCUCCCCUGGGCACAGGUGGGUGGCCCCAGCCACAGCAGGAGAGGACGGUGCCAGCAGGGCCUUGAUGGCAGCACCAGGAGCGGGGGGGUCCUGGCUCAUUUCCCCCCAGCUGCCUGCUCGGGGCCAGCACGGCUCAGCCUCAUUUCAAGGGGCAGAAGCAGUGGGGAGGGGGUGCAGGGUUGGGGAUGUGUGAGAGGCUGUGUAGGGGCUGGGGGCACAGGCACUGCAGUCCCCUCUGCCCUGGGGGGACACUGGUGUGCAGUGGCUGAACAUGCUGAACCUCCUCUUUGCCUCCCCCUCCCAGGGAUCACUGGAGAUCCCUCCCAGCCCCCCCAAACCCCCUCCCUCAGCACCUGAAGCCCCUGUGCAGGGCCCUGCUCGGGGGGUGGGUCCAGGGAACAGGAGGUUUCACGCACCCCCCCGAAGUGAAGACGCUGAUUUCUGCCGGCGGCUGGAGGAAAGCACAACCCCCGGCCCCCGCUGUACAUAGCCCCCACCCCGCUGUCUGUCGCCUCGCAGCCCCCCAGCCCAGCCCUCCCCUUAGGAAUAACCAUUUAGUUCUCCCCCUUUCCCCUUCUCCUGCCCAGAACCGCUGAUGCCAAGUGACAAAUGUUUGGGUUUGAGGGAGGGAGGGGGUCUCUUAUUUUGUACAGAAAACAAAAAUUCCUUGGAAAAAAGAAAAAAAACUGACCUGUCUUUCGACUGAAGUAACUUUUCUGGUGCUGUUGUUAACUUGGUCCUUACUCUUUCUUUUUUUUUUUAAUUUAUUUUACCCAAUGUGCUCCCGCCUCUGCCACCGCUUCCCCCCUCCCCAUCCCUCUGACAAGUUUAUUUCUCUUUCUUUUAUUCCCUCUUUUCUUUUAAUUUUUUUUUUUUCUGGUGGUAAUUCCCUCUUCCCCCCUCCACCUCUUCCCCGUUUUCCAUAGUCACUGCUACAAGUAACGAAUGCACUGUGAAGAUUCCAGUAUUAAUAAAGGUUGUACUGUAAUUAA